AUGGGUGAUUCGCUCGACAGAAACUCCGAAUCCAUAUCUCAAAGUCAACAACAGUCGGUAGUUCCUUCAUCACCAUUGUUUUUCAAUUCGUCGAAUCCUGGCUCAGAUAUUGCUAACUCACAGAACAGAGUCAAUGACAUUUCUUCGCCCUUGCACUAUACAUCAUCAGUUAAUCAAACUUCCGAUAUUGGUAACUUUGGUUCUCAAAGAGCUAAUCGUGUUCAUGAUGUCGAUAGGAUUAUGAGAAGGCACCAAAGAAGUGACGUUAAUGAUGCUGCUUCCUCACCACUGAGAAGAACUUUUACGCAACCAAGAGGAAACAGGCAAAACUCGUCAUUGAGAUCGACUUCAUCGGCAUUCAACUCCGACCUUGUUGAACCUGAUGAACCAACAAGAGUUAUUUGGGGUACGAAUGUGUCGAUUCAAGAAUGUUCUUUAAUUUUUAGAGAGUUUUUGUUGAGUUUUAAAUAUAGGUACAGAAAAGAAGCUGAUCAACAAGAGGUUGAGCCCGAGGAUCAUGAAUUGUACUAUGUGAGCAAGUUGAACACUAUUAGAGAAUUGGGGUUGAACAAUCUCAACUUGGAUGCAAAGAAUUUGUUGUGUUAUCCUCCUACAAGAAAAUUGUAUCAUCAAUUGAUCAACUAUCCGCAAGAAAUCAUUCCAAUUAUGGACCAUACUAUUAAGGAUUGCUUGAUUCAAAUAAUUCAAGAUAGCGACGAAGAGGAUAUUCCUGCUAAACUUGACGACGUUGAAACCAGAGUGUAUACCAUUCGGCCUUACAAUAUCAACUUGGUGGAAAAGGGAAUGAGAGAAUUAAAUCCAAACGAUAUUGAUAAAUUAGUCAGUGUUAAAGGUCUCACUUUACGUUCCACUCCAAUCAUCCCCGAUAUGAAGGUUGCGUUUUUCAAAUGUAAUGUGUGUGGGCACACAGUUGGGGUUGAAAUUGAUCGUGGGGUCAUUUCUGAGCCCACCAAAUGUCCAAGAGAAGUUUGUGGCCAAUCAAACUCAAUGGUUUUGAUUCACAAUCGUUCUUCUUUUGCCGACAAGCAAGUUGUAAGAUUGCAAGAAACCCCAGAUUUGGUUCCUGAUGGACAAACACCCCAUUCAAUCAAUUUAUGCGUUUACGAUGAAUUGGUUGAUACUUGUCGUGCUGGUGACCGUAUUGAGGUUUGUGGUAUUUUUCGAUCAUUGCCAGUCAGAGCAAAUUCAAGACAACGUGCGUUAAAGAGUUUGUACAAGACGUAUUUGGACAUUGUCCAUAUCAAAAAGAUUGACAAGAAACGUCUUGGAGCUGAUAUUACAACUUUGGAAAAUGAAUUGGCGGAAAAGGAUCAAGAGGUGGAAGAGACUAGAAAAAUCACCUCUGAGGAAGAAGCCCAAUUGAAGGAAAUCUCACAAAGAGAUGAUUUGUAUGAAGUGUUGGCUAGGUCAUUGGCUCCGUCCAUUUACGAAAUGGAUGAUGUGAAAAAGGGUAUCCUUUUGCAAUUAUUUGGAGGAACCAACAAGACUUUUAAGAAAGGUGGGAGAUACAGAGGUGAUAUCAAUAUUUUACUUUGUGGUGAUCCAUCCACUUCGAAAUCGCAGAUCUUGCAAUAUGUUCACAAGAUUGCUCCAAGGGGUGUGUAUACAUCCGGUAAAGGUUCUUCGGCAGUUGGUUUGACUGCGUACAUCACUAGAGACGUUGACACCAAGCAAUUGGUCUUGGAGAGUGGUGCAUUGGUGUUGUCCGAUGGUGGUGUUUGUUGUAUUGAUGAAUUUGACAAGAUGAGCGAGUCAACGAGGUCCGUUUUGCAUGAAGUUAUGGAACAACAGACAAUCUCCAUUGCUAAAGCAGGUAUCAUCACCACAUUGAACGCAAGAACGUCUAUUUUGGCCUCUGCCAAUCCAAUAAACUCACGUUAUGAUCCAAACUUGCCCGUUACGGCAAACAUAGACUUGCCACCUCCAUUGUUAUCUCGUUUCGAUUUGGUUUAUUUGAUUUUGGAUAAAGUUGAUGAAAGACUUGACAGACAGUUGGCUAGGCAUUUGACACAAAUGUAUUUGGAAGAUGCACCGGACACCGUUACUAAUAACUAUAUACUACCUGUUGAACAGUUGGCAUUGUAUAUUCAAUACGCCAAGGAGCACUUUAAUCCAACUAUAACUGAAGAAGCCAAGAAUGAAUUGGUUCGUGCUUAUGUUGAGAUGAGGAAAUUGGGUGAAGAUGCUCGAUUAUCGGAAAAGAGGAUCACGGCAACCACUAGACAGUUGGAAUCAAUGAUUAGAUUGAGUGAAGCUCAUGCCAAGAUGAGAUUUUCCAACCGAGUUCAAUUGAUUGACGUUAAGGAAGCGGUCCGGUUGAUCAAGUCGGCCAUUAAGGAUUACGCUACUGACCCAGUCACUGGGAGGAUCGAUAUGGAUAUGGUUCAAACCGGUACCACUUCCCAGCAAAGACGUAUCAGGGAAGACUUGGUUAAUGAGAUUUUGAAAAUCCUUGAUGAAAACAACAACUUGAUAAGGUUUAACGAUUUAACCAUGAAGCUUAAUGAGCGAAGUUCAUUCAGGAUUGAAAAUCUGGAUAUCAACGACGGGUUAAAGAGAUUACAACAAGAGGGAAAGAUUAUUGAAACUGGUGAUAACCAUAGAAGGACCAUAAAGAAGAUUGCCGUGAUUUAG